AUCUUGGUUGAAGUAUCAAGAAUAUAGUUGCAAAUUGAUGGGGAAUGGGGUGUCCUAAAACAGAGAUGCCAUACCUGUAAGAUUAAUUUGGUGGGGAUGGAGGGAGGGCGGGGAGGGAGGUUUUUGGUGGUCGUGGUGGUGAAUUUGAGGAGGAAGAUGAAGAUUGUGGUGGUGAUUAGUAUGGUGAGGAGAAGGGAAGGAAUGGUGAAAAGGAAGAGGAUUGCUACGGGGAGUAGAAGGAGGAAGAGGAGGAUCGGUUUGGUGGAUUUCUUCAUGUUGUUUUUGAAGAAAGUGUCGAGGCUCAAGGGGAAUGCAUCAGUUUUGUUGUCUCUGCCGUGGUGGUGGUGGGCGUCGUCGAUAAAGUCUUCAAAUUUUGGGGAAGAUGAGGAAGAAGAGCUGUAUGGGGAGACAUACCUGCAAGAUUAAUUUGUUUUCUGGUAUCUCUAGCUAUUGAGCUAGAAUUAUGAGUUAUGGAGCAUCAAUUUUCUUCCUUGCUUUACCAUAUCAAAAACUCUGAAAGUGUCACCAUUUUAUUAUGAGUUUCCGUAUUCUCAAGUUCACUCGAAAGGACACCAAACUUCUCCUAAUGCAAACCACAAUACUUCUGAAACAUACCAGAAACACUAUAAAGCAUACUAAAAAUGUUUCUAAAACUCACUAGAAACCUCCUAAUGCAAAACACAAAUCUCAUAAAACAUAACAGAAACCUCACAAAGCAAACCACAAAUAUUUCAUAAGCAAACCACAAACACAGUAAAUCAAACCACAAAAAAGCAAACCAUAAACGUCCUAAUGCAGACCACAAAUAUAUUAAAACAAACCAGAAACCUCACAAAGCAAACCACAACAUUUGCGAAAGCACACCAGAAACCUCCUAAUGCAAACCACAAACACAUUAAAUCAAACCACAAAAAAGCAAACCAUAAACAUCAUAAUGCAUACCACAAAUAUAUUAAAACAAAUAAGAAACCUCACAAAGCAAAUCACAACAUCUGCGAAAGCACACCAAAAACCUCCUAAUGUAAACCACAAACACAGUAAAUCAAACCACAAAAAACAAAUCAUAAACGUCCUAAUACAGACCAUAAAUAUAUUAAAACAAACCAGAAACCUCACAAAGCAAACCACAACAUUUGCGAAAGCACACCAGAAACCUCCUAAUGCAAAUCAUAAACACAGUAAAUCAAAUCACAAAAAAGCAAACCAUAAACGUCCUAAUGCAAACCACAAAUAUAUUAAAACAAACCAGAAACCUCACAAUGCAAACCACAAAUUUUUUGAAAGCAAACCAGAAUCUUCUUAAUGCAAACCACAAACACGAUAAAGCAAACAACAAAAGGCAUACAAAAAUAUGAGAAACCAAACUAUAAAUCUCACAAUGCAGACCAUAACAUCCGGUGGUCGUUGACCAGUCAACGAAGUUCGUUGACCAAACUCCGAUGAUCGUCAGUGAGCAGAUUCCGACGUCGAUAGGCAUAUUCCCGCCCCGAUCACUAGAUUCCGAUGUCGGUAAGCAUAUUACGACCACAGUGAACAUAUUCCGGCGAUAGUGGGCAUAUUCCGAUGACAAAAUAGCAUAUUCUGGCGAUAAAAAAAGCAUAUUCCGGCGACCGGUGGCCGAAGGCGACCAAAAUUUUGAGUAGAAAAUAAUUUUUUUAUUUUUUUUAUUAUUAGUUAAACAUAUUUUUCAUAAUGACAAUUAUACCCCUGUUUUGAGUUUACACUAGGUCAACUAAGCUAAUAAAAAGUCAUCACAACCCUACCUUCCUAUUGGUUGGAGACUAGUGUUGUUACAAUAACAACACAAGGGGUGUUGUGACUGUGUUCACACUAUCUAGUUCGGCUGGAACAUGGUUCGACCUUUUUUCAGUCUUCGCCGGUGAAUUGUAGCUGAGAAUAGAGAGGUUAUGUCGUUGGCGGCAAGGCUUGGCUCGUUGGAGGUGAAGGUUCUGUCGCCGGAGGCAGAGGAAUAAGGGAUGAGAGACUGUGUGUGCCAUUUGGUUGGAUUUUCAUUUUGAAAUUUGAAAUGAACAAUUAUGUAAAUUAUGUAUUAAAGUUAAGACGAUGUUUAGUAAUUUUAUGAUGACUUUUAGCGAUCUUUUUAAUUUUCCCCUAUUGAGAGAGUAAAGGGCUUUGUGUAUUUGCUUUAAUGAAUAAAUAUUUAGGGUUUCUUUGUUUUGGAUUUGAAAAAAUGUGAGACUUGAUUAAAAUAAAUCUUUAAAUUUAUG